UUGUUUUGAAUUUUCUCUCUCUAGAACUGCUUUUGUUUGUUCCCAUUGUUUUCUUCAACAAUUUCUUUUCCUUUUAUGGAAAUCAAAUUCGAGAUUGUUUGAUCUCUCUCUUAAUAAUAAUAAUGUCUACACAUGUUGCUCCAAUUUCCACCGCCACCGUCUCCUCCGGUUCGGCGCCGAGUUCCGCCCCCGGUUCGCCCAAAAGCCGCGUCAAAUUUCUGUGCAGUCACGGCGGCAAAAUCCUCCCCCGCCCCGCCGACGGCCACCUCAAGUACGUCGGCGGCGAAACACGUGUCAUUUCUGUGCCUAGGGAUAUUCCUUUCCAGGAACUGAUGAAGAAGCUCACCUACAUGAUCGAAGGAGAAACAACACUCAAGUACCAGGUCAUCACCGAAGACCUCGACGCACUAGUCUCCGUAAAAUCCGACGAAGACCUCCGCCACAUGUUCGAUGAAAUCGAGCGGUACGAACUCGCCGGAGCGCCGCGCCUUCGCGCCUUCCUCUUCCCCGUGGGCCCCAUAGUGAUGGAGACUCAAAACAUCACCGUGGACCAUUACGCCCUCGAGCAACGCUACAUAGACGCAAUCAACGGCAUAAUCCGCCUAAACGCCGUCCUUAAGCAGCACCCUAACAUAAACGCAGUUCAAAACGGCUCUUUAGUCUCCUCAGGCUGCUCUUCUCCAAGAUCUCCCGAUAGCUGCACCACCGAAGCUAUAAACAAUGAAGCAACAGUGUAUAGUAAUAGCCGUACGAAUAUGCAUAAGGUACAAAGUUCGCCAAACAUAUGCAGCCUUAAUAAUAAUAAUAAUAAUAAUAAUAAUAAUAAUGUCGCACAACAUUAUAUGCAACAACAACAACAGCAUCAGCAAGUUGCUUCGACACCUCAUUAUAUGAAUCACUGUAAUGGAUAUCAGUUGCCACUGAAUAAGCCGCCUAUUGAUCUGAGAAAUGGUGGUGGUGUGGUUGGACCCGAUAGGUUGAUGUCCGUUAGGUCUGUCGGGCGGGCGGAUGGGGGGAGAUACCAAAUGGAUCUGCCACCUCAGCAGCAGUAUUACUAUAAUAAUAACAAUUACACGAGGCAGCAGAAUCGAGGAAACGGGUGUUGUAAUAAAUGCAUGCACUAUGAGGAUUUGGGUCAUUAUCCGGAGAGGAGGAUGACGGGGAGAUUGAGCCCAGCUUCUUCUUCGAGUCCACGUCUUAGUUACAGUGGGAUGAAGGUGUGGGAUAAUACUUAUGUUGGGGAUGUUUGA